AUGAAGUUGUUCAUUCUGGUUGCUGUGUUCGGGCUCAGCCUCGCUCAACACGACGCCCACCUCAAAUAUGGAAGGACAGCCAUCGUCCAUCUCUUCGAGUGGCGCUGGGCCGACAUUGCUGCAGAGUGUGAACGCUUCUUAGGGCCCAAAGGCUUUGGAGGUGUUCAGAUCUCUCCUCCAAGUGAGCACAUUGUGCUGGACAGUCCCUUUAGACCCUGGUGGCAGAGAUACCAACCAAUCGGCUACAACUUGUGCUCCAGAUCUGGCAAUGAGGACGAGCUGAAAGACAUGAUCACCAGAUGCAACAACGUUGGGGUCAACAUUUAUGUGGACGCCGUUAUCAACCAUAUGUGUGGAGCUGGUGGUGGAGAGGGAACACAUUCCUCAUGUGGCAGCUGGUUCAGUGCCAGCAAGCAAGACUUCCCCACUGUCCCCUAUUCCAACCUGGACUUCAACGACUACAAAUGUAAUACUGCCAGUGGAGAAAUUGAGAACUACGGUGACAAAUAUCAGGUGCGUGACUGUCGUCUGGUUAGUCUGUUGGACCUCGCCCUGGAGAAAGAUUAUGUCAGAGGAAAGGUGGCUGACUACAUGAACAAGCUGAUUGACAUGGGUGUGGCUGGGUUCAGAGUGGAUGCCACCAAGCACAUGUGGCCCGGUGACUUGGAGGUCGUCUACGGUCGUCUGCACAACCUCAACACCAAUUGGUUCUCUGGUGGCUCCAGAGCCUUCAUCUUCCAGGAGGUUAUUGAUCUGGGAGGUGAGGCCAUCUCAUCUAGUGAGUAUUUCCAUUUGGGAAGAGUGACUGAGUUCAAAUAUGGGGCUAAACUGGGAACUGUCUUCAGAAAAUGGAACAAUGAGAAGCUGUGCUACACCAAGAACUGGGGAGAGGGAUGGGGAUUCAUGGCUGAUGGCAAUGCUGUAGUUUUUGUUGACAACCACGACAACCAGAGAGGUCAUGGCGCUGGUGGUGCAUCCAUUGUUACCUUCUGGGACUCCAGACUCUACAAGAUGGCUGUCGGCUACAUGCUGGCUCACCCUUACGGUUUAACCAGGGUCAUGUCUAGCUUCCGCUGGGACCGCAACUUUGUGAAUGGAAAAGAUCAGAAUGACUGGAUGGGCCCUCCCAGCUAUGGUGAUGGAUCCACCAAGCCUGUUCCCAUCUACUCUGACCAGACUUGUGGAGAUGGAUGGGUGUGUGAGCACAGAUGGCGUCAGAUCACUUCUGGCCAGAAGGAAGGAAGCAGGUGCACUGGGAAGCAGAUCCAAGUUGGUGGUGAUGGCCGUGCCCACUUCAGGAUCAGCAACCAAGAUGAAGACCCCUUCGUUGCUAUCCAUGCUGAAUCCAAGCUGUAAACACAUUGUUAAUAAUAGAAUAAAUCAUAAUUUUUAAACUUGAA